CCUGAUCCAUGUUUUUUUAAACUUGCAGCAGAGGAAAGGUGUGUAUCCUGUGUGUUCAUGACGGAAAGGAUGGCGCUGACUGCAAACUGCAGGACUAACCCCAAAGAGCAGGCAUCCGUCCAGAACAGCUUCCCAGAUGUGGUUGAAUUAAACGUCGGCGGGCAGGUUUAUUACACGCGUCACUCAACUUUGGUGAACAACCCGAAUUCAUUACUCGGUAAGUUAUUCUCCUCCAAGAAAGAGGCGUCGAAUGAUUUGGCGAGGGACCCCAAGGGACGUUAUUUCAUUGACAGAGACGGGUUUUUAUUCCGGUAUGUGUUGGACUUCCUCCGAGACCGACAGGUCGUCCUCCCGGACCACUUCCCGGAGAAAGGGCGGCUCAGGAAGGAGGCGGAGUACUUCCAGCUGCCCGACCUGGUGAAGCUGCUGAGCCCCGAGGACAUCAAGCAAAGCCCGGACGACUACUUCCACAGCGACUACGAGGAUGGAUCCCAGGGCAGCGACCACCGGCAGUGCCCGCCACCCUCCCUCGUCCCCGCGGACAGAAAGAGCGGCUUCAUCACGGUGGGGUACCGGGGGUCGUGCACCAUGGGCCGAGAGAGUCAGAGCGACGCCAAGUUCAGGAGGGUCCCUCGGAUACUUAUAUGCGGACGCGUGGCCCUGGCUAAAGAAGUUUUUGGGGAGACCCUGAACGAGAGCCGGGACCCGGACCGGACCCCGGAUCGGUACACCUCCCGGUUUUACCUAAAGUUCAAACACCUGGAGAGAUCCUUUGACAUGCUGUCGGAGUGCGGUUUCCAAAUGGUGGCCUGCAACUCCUCGGUCACAGCGUCGGUCGUCAACCAGCACACAGAGGACAAGGUCUGGUCCAGCUACACAGAAUACGUCUUUUACCGGCCUCCACAGUGUCUUCUAAGUGUAACUCAAAGGCACCUCGACAGAAAUCAUGAUGGACAAACAGACAAAGGCAGCGAGAGUGGCACCUCCUUUAACGAGCUGUCCACCUCCAGCUCUGAGAGCCAGUCAGAGGCCAGCUCUCCCCAGGGAACAGUCAUCUGUGGGCCGGUCAGCCGCCAGCCUCACCCCCAUGCCAACGUCCAAACCCUUGACAGGCCACUAAAAAAGGGCCCCGUUGCCAUGCUCCAGCAGUCCGACCAGCGCCGUAAGAGUGACUUGCUGCGCACACUAACGGCAAGCUCCCGCGACACGAGCACGUGCAAGAAAAGGCCGGUGAAAGAGAAGCUGACAGUUGAGGAGGAGCUGGAAAAGUGCAUUCAAGACUUCCGCAAGAUCAAGAUCCCAGAGAGGUUCCCCGAGAGGAAGUACAUGUGGCAGGCCGAUCUGCUAAGAAAGUACCGCCUCUGAGCCAGGAACCAGUAGAGAGCGAGCAGCAGCACGAGGCCAAGGAUCCGUUUACAUGUUUUUUGAUCUCGACUUUUGCAACAAAAGGGAGACAAUAAACUCAACUCAUUUGAAACCGCGUUCUGAGGGAAAUUCCACAGAUUUGUCAGGAGGUUAAAACGAAAGAAGCUAGAAUUAAGCAUAAAAAACAGAGAUUCCUAUUGACGUAUGUAUGUAUGUGUGUGUAUGUAGUUUAGGCACUCUGUAUGUACUGUAAGUGUGCGCUGUACUUUGCUGAAUGCUUCAGAGCUUUGAAUAAUUUAUCACUGAGGACCAAUCACAGAGGGCAAAAGACAUUCUUUAUGAACCCAUCAAUGAACAGAAGGCUUGCAAAUGGCCACACAAGAAAUUACAGAGGAUUUCUGGACUGCACGUACUGUCGUCUGUCAUCGUUUCACCAAAAACUAUCACAGGAACCACAGUUUUAGUCCAUGGAUACAAACACUGGUUUAGUAUGUGAAUGUGUGUUUGUGUGUAUGAGUGUGUUUGCACCCAGGUGGCCUAGAGGUCACGGAUAAAUCUGCAUCAGGACCCAUUAAUAAUGCAUGCUGUCCCGACAGUGCUCUCACUAUAAAUACACUCAGAGGUCUUUGCUGCCAGGGGAGCGUAAACAGCUGGGUCAAUUACUUUACUUUUUUGGCAACAUCUGUGGACCUCCAAGGCAGGAGGAGGUGCCAUUUCAUCAGCGCCGCAAUUAAUUUCCUGCUCACAAUAUCAUUUAUAUUGCUUCACGCACCCCAAGUGAGUCAAAUUGCUGCGUACUGCAUUGAUUUUUUUUGCUGCGUUGGCAAGAUGAAGAGCAAUACCCAGGUUAAUGUGUGAAGGGUAAGUGAAAGAGUCGAGGAUUUGAUUUGAUGGUCGAACCACGGGGAAAUACACAGGUUUAAUAAAGAAAAGCCCUGAUUCAACACACCUGUACACACACUCAUUGGUUUAUAUCACAGGCUUUUAACCCUUUUUACAUCGCCGACACGAAAAGAGCACUGACAAACACUCAUCCCCACACACAGUGAUCGAUCGUGAGGUCAUUUACACCAUGCUCAAUAUGACACCUGCAGUAAAUACAGACUGAAUGGGGCAGGAUUGCUUCAUUUGCUAAACCAGUCAGGACAGACUGAUGCAUCCUGGGCCGACUGGUGACAUGCUAAUCAAUAAUUAUUGAUGACAGGGUCUGCGUGAUAGAGCCGAUAGCCGCUGCUCUUGUUUACAGUUAUGAAUGAAGCCCCUAAGUUACUGACGAGGACAAGCUGUUCAUGUAUUCAGCGAAAAUUAGCCAUUAUUCAUUUACAUUUAGUGUUCAUUUACGUCCUCCCGGCUCUGCCAGAAUCAUUAGGAAGUGGUGUAUCGUGGUAACAGAAACAAACACUACGGACAGCGAUUUUCAAAAGAGCACAGUUUUAAUUUCCUGGUAGAUUGAUUGUUAUUUAUUUAAGGAUCUUGUGGUAACAUAUAUUCUGG